ACGACCCGCCUUGAAGCGGUACGACAAGGCUGACACAGUGGACCUCAGCACAGUAGAAUCUACCAUCGGAUAGGCAAAACAAAACCGCCAAAGAUUGUAGCUCAGCACCGCGAUGGACUCUUGCUCCGGUUCAGUUCUCGAAGACCCACGCGUGUGAGCGGUAACAAACCAUCGUUUGCUCUUCGAUCAGUUGCAACGACGACGACGAGAACGUGGGAAACUUUAUUUAUUAGUUUGACAGCUCAGCGUAAACCGGACCUCAGAUUACAGAGACCCUGCUUUUGUAACAGGAGCGUAGUUUUGUUAAAGAUGAGUUGAACAAAUAAAACACAAUAUUUCCCUAGUGUCGAAUAAACAUAGUGUGCUUGAUAAGCAGUUUCAAAACAUAAGUGAGAUUAAUCUCAACAUUCAACCAGUGAAUCGCCGUUUACAAAUCAAAUUUGACACCGCGUAUUUAUUACUUAGUAUUAUUUAAUCUGAAAGUAAUUUUGUUGUUGAGAUUUUUGUUUGGAUUGUUGAGAAGUGAGUCUGCAACCAUGGAGAUGAAAACAAAGACCAAAGAUGGUCGCGUCGUGACAACCUACCAGUUCCCGGUUAAACCUGAAAAGAAACCCUUCUCUCAGAUCUUGUACGACAAAGAAACCGGUCAAAUUUUAGGAAGAACCACUGAAAAUUGGGGUCGCCUGUUUCUGUUUUACAUUAUCUUCUACGCGUUGCUGGCAACGUUGAUAGCAGUUUGUAUGCAGGGACUACUUGCUACGUUGAAUCAUGACUACCCCAAAUGGCAGCUGGAUGAGUCGCUGAUAGGAACCAGUCCAGGUCUUAGUUAUCGUCCAAUGCACUCCGACUAUAACUCGGACCCUACUCUGAAUUAUGCAGCUGCCAACCGAACGGACGUAAAAAUUUGGGUUGAUCAACUAAACGAAUUUUUGCUGCCAUACCGGGAACAAGAUGCACUCCCAGGUGGGGGUAAGAAUCAAGUCAUCUGUGAUUUCAACAAUCCACCAACUGGUGGAAACGUAUGUGCAUUCGACGUCAGCAAACUUGGACCAUGCAUCGCCGAAGAGGGAUACAAUUACAACAAAUCCGCUCCAUGCAUAUUUGUUAAGCUUAAUAAAAUCUAUGGUUGGCUCCCGGAGACAUACGAUGACGUUAAUGAUCUUCCAACCGAUAUGCCAACUGACCUGGUUGACUACAUCAAAUCGCUUCCCGAGAGUGAUCGUAAACAAGUUUGGAUAUCCUGCAAGGGAUUAAACAACGACGACAGUGAAGCAUUAGGACCUCUAGAAUACUUCCCUAGUCGUGGUUUUCCUUCGUACUACUACCCAUAUAUGAACAAAGUCGGCUACCUUAAUCCUUUGAUAGCGGUGCAUUUUGCCCGGCCCACAGUGAAACGUAGCAUCAAUAUCGAGUGCCGCACAUGGGGCAAGAAUGUUAUUUACCGUGGAGGACAGCGUGACCGACAAGGAUCGCUACAGUUUUCAAUGACGAUCCAGUAGAUUAAUUUAGAAUAAUCAAUUAUUCUAAAACUUGCUGGAAUGGGCAAAGUGAUAAAAAACGAAACGAUACUGUUCGAGAACACCUCCCUCGAGAUGCUGAAGGUGUUCGAUUCAUUCAUUGUUUUCUAGCUCCGUUGCAUUUGUUAUUGAUUCUUUACUACGAAAUCACACAUUUGGUUAGAAUUAUGAGAGCUUAUUCCAAAUUCAUUGCGGCAUCAAACCACAUUUUAAAGUCAUACAAGUGAACAGGCUAUUCACCGAAAUUAGAUAAUAUCGCAGGAUUUCAAUCAAUUUGUUUACUUAAUUGAAUUGUGAUUCACGGUCAUUAAACUUACAUAACGCGGUUAGAUUUCUUUAAAUUUAUAGCCCUAUCGGUACUAUAAAUAACAUCUCUCCCAUAGAGAAUGAACUCACACCA